UUCUCUCUCCUGCAGAGCCAACACCAUGAACCAGCUGAUCCUUUGCACGCUGCUUCUCUUGGCCCCCCGGGAGCUGGCUGGGGCAUGUCCCGCAGGCUGCCAGUGCCAAGACCCCAAGACCAUCCUGUGCGCAGCCAGACGGGGCCAGACCGUGCCCCGGGGGCUGCCCCCCAACACCCUCUCCCUCUACGUCUUUGAGAAUGGCAUCACGAUGCUCAGCGAGGACAGCUUUGCGGGCCUUCCCGCCCUCCAGCUCUUGGACCUCUCACAAAACAAGAUCACCAGCAUCCAGAAAAACAUCUUCCAGCCCCUGACAGAGCUUGUCAACUUGGACCUGUCCUCCAACCAGCUGCAGGAGAUCACCAAUGAGACCUUCCAUGGGCUGCGGCUGUUGGAGCGGCUCUACCUGCAGAGGAACAGGAUCCAGCACAUCCACGCUGCUGCUUUCGACACGCUGGAGAACCUGCUGGAGCUGAAGCUGCAGAACAACCAGCUCUGGGCCGUGCCCCCCCUCGACCUUCCCAACCUCCUGCUGCUGGACAUCAGCUGGAACAAGAUCCCCACCAUUGCACCAGGGGCCUUCCAUGCUGUCAACAUUGAGUCUCUCAAGAUCGCGGGGCUGGGCCUGACGAGCUUAAGCGAGGAGCUCUUCCAGGCCCAGAACAAUCUCCACGAGCUGGACGUCUCCGACAACCUGCUGGAGCGCGUCCCGGCAGUGCUGCAGCGGCUGGGAAGCCUCACCAAGCUCAGCCUGGCUGGCAACGCCCGCAUCGCCCAGCUGCCCGCGGAGGACUUCCACAACCUUCACAACCUCCAGGAGCUGGACAUCAGCAACCUCAACAUCAACACCAUCCCUCGGGAUUUCUCCAGCUUCUUCCCCAGGCUGCGGGCCCUGACUGCUGCCGGCAAUCCCUUCAACUGCAUCUGCCAGAUGAGCUGGCUGGUGCAGUGGGUGAACACCAGCUGCGUGGUCCUCCGGCGGCCCGAGGAGACGCGCUUGUGCCCGGAGGGCUUCACCGGGGCGUACUGCCAGGCGGAGGUGAGGGGGACGACGCCGCCCCCGGCCCCGCAGGCCCCGCCGCCAGGCCGGCGGAUCAGCAUCGCGCAGGUCAGCAGCACCUCCCUCAAAGUGGACUUGCAGAACUACGUCCAGUCCAAAGCGCAGCUGAAGGGCAUCCGCUUGAGCUACCGAAAUCUCUCCGGGCCGGACAAGCGGCCGGUGAUGCUGCGUUUGCCGGCUUCGCUCUCUGAGUACACGGUGCGGGCGCUGAAGCCGAACUGCACUUACCGCGUCUGCAUCGGGCCCCUGGGGGAGAAGGUCUCCAAGGAGGAGCACUGCGCCGAGGCGCAGACCUUGCCGGUGAGCAGCCACCAGCAGCACUCGCCCGUCACCCAGAACAAGGACAGCAACCUGACCCUGAUGAUCGUCCCCGCGCUGGCCGCCGUGCUGCUGCUGGUGGUGGUGGUGACCGCUGGCACCUACUACCGUCGGCACCGCCGGGCAAAGGCACAUGCCGGCGCCGGGGUGGACGCCAGCCCGCUGGAGCUGGAAGGGGUGAAAGCCUGCCUGGAAAACGGGGACUUGAGCAGCCACGGCCGCAAGGUGCCGGAGGCGGCGAUGCUUUCCGGUGGCUCCGAGUGCGAGGUCCCGCUCAUGCAGUCGCACUACCCCAGCAACAACAACACCCCGGGGCUCAAACCCUCCUAUUUCUGA